UCGCAUCUUCUCAUCUGCCAUUUUUGUGCUACCGGCUAACUUGCUAAACAAGAGGUCUCCAUCAACAGAAAGCGGUGAAGAAACGGAGACAGUCAAAUAAAGGGACUAAACCUUCCGUGGAGACUUGGGGAGUUUUUAUACACAAGAAGCUGUUGUUAGGAAGGCGAUAUAAUGUCUGACUUUGACAGCAAUCCGUUCGCAGACCCGGAUUUCAGCAAUCCCUUUCAGGAUCCUUCGGUGACCCAGGUGACACGGUCUGCCCCUCCUGGUGGUCUGGAGGAAUAUAACCCUUUCACAGACGCCAGAACGGCAGCACCUGGAAAUGCCCCCAAAUCAAAUCCUGCACCUCCCCAGAACACACAACCUGCCAUCAUGAAGCCCACGGAAGAGCCACCAGCUUACUCACAGCAACAGACUCAGGAUCAAGCACGGGCUCAGGCGGAAUUGUUGAGAAGGCAGGAGGAGUUGGAAAAGAAAGCAGCAGAGCUUGAUCGUCGGGAGAGAGAGUUACAGUCUCAUGGAGUGGCAGGAGGACGUAAAAACAACUGGCCUCCGCUGCCAGAAAAGUUCCCUGUAGGUCCAUGUUUCUAUCACGAUAUUGCUGUGGACAUUCCUGUAGAGUUCCAGAAGACUGUCAAGAUAAUGUACAACCUUUGGAUGUUUCAUGCAGGCACACUCUUUGUGAACAUGUUUGGCUGCCUGGCAUGGUUCAUUGUGGACGCAUCUCGUGGUGUAGAUUUUGGUUUGGCCAUGCUCUGGUUUCUGCUGUUCACCCCGUGUUCUUUUGUCUGCUGGUACAGACCACUUUAUGGGGCUUUCAGGAGUGACAGUUCGUUCCGUUUCUUUGUCUUCUUCUUCGUCUACAUCUGCCAGUUUGGAGUUCAUGUUCUACAAACUAUUGGUAUCACUGGCUGGGGAACUUGUGGCUGGAUUGCAGCUCUGACUGGUCUGAACACCAGUAUCCCAGUGGGCAUCAUCAUGUUACUGAUUGCAGCUCUGUUCACAGCACUUUCUGUGGGCUCACUUAUUAUGUUUAAAAAGGUGCAUGCCCUGUACCGUACCACUGGUGCUAGUUUUGAGAAGGCUCAGCAGGAGUUUGCAACGGGCGUCAUGUCUAACAAGACGGUUCAAACCGCCGCUGCCAAUGCUGCAGCUAAUGCUGCAUCCAAUGCUGCUCGUGGGGCCUUUAAACCUCAUCCAUGAGCAGAGACAUCAAUCCAACACACAUGCUCACACAGACAAGCCUACAGACACACACUGAUGAGAUGGAGACGGACAACUCUGACAUUACUGGCUUUUGAUCAAAAACACUAUAUUUAUGAAUGUUUUCCCUGCACACUUUGCUCAUAAAGUGUAUAAUAAAAUGACUGAUAAGUGACCAGAGUUGUUCAUCUUCACCUAAAAUCAAACAUCAGUAAAAACACUAACAUUUACCCUGUCUGCUUUACAGCCAGGUGACUGUCUGCUCACAUCCUUCAAAAGAUCCACUAAGUGACUCAAGGUGUGCUCUGAGUGUGCAAGAUAUCAUCUCGUACACUGAAAUGCUCCUUAGCUUUCCUUGUUCUGUUCCCUUAAAGUGAUCCCAGAUUGGUUGGAGGUUGCAGUUCUAGGAUACCUUAUUUUUGUCAUGGUGAUGGCCUCCAAACAGCUUCCUGCCUGAUAAAUUCAGUGUAGAGUUGUGAAAAGUGAUAAUCUGAUCUUGGUGGUUUGCACUUAGUUCUGUUUUCUUGCUCAUUUACUGAGAGUACAGUGUUUGACUGAAUGGCUGGGCCUCCGUGCGAAUGCGUGCUUCACUUAAGGAAAAUUGUGGCGCUAUUUGGUUUAUUGUUUUUUUUUUUCUUUUUUUAUAUAAAUAUACAAAAAUAUAUAUAAAAUCCAGUGCGUGAACAUUGAGGUCUGAAAGGUAAAUUGUACCUUGUUCUGUAUUUGUGCUUCUAUAAUGAGACAAAUUUUCUCAUUAUAGUAAAAAUUAUUUAAUAUAAAUAGGAAUAUGUAUUUUCUUAUUUACAGAUAUUCCCUCAGCAACAUCUUAAUUAGUUAAAUAAUUACGCGCUCUUCGUGUGCUACUUUCAGGUGGUUCAGUGUCUUCAGAUGCAAUAGCAUGAUCGCAACAAGCAUGUUUGGCACACUCAAAACAGCACAGUCAUUCUGGCCACUGCCUUCUUUUCAGGCCACGCAAGUAGCUGGUUUUGGGAAAAUGUCUGUGCUUCAUUUUCCCUCUAUUUUCAGUGAAAAAUGAUUGCAUGUCCUAGCAGCUGUCUGUAUGAUGGUGAUGGUUCAGCUCGACUUUAAUAGCCCGGUGCAAUUAAAGAAUUUGGGAAUCUAUACAUUUUUUCAUGUAUGUAUGGCAUUAACACACUAGUACUGUAUGUGGCUCUCCCUCGGUUGUUUUUGUAGCUCUUCAUACUUGGUUAAAAACUAAUGCUGCUAUAUAUCUGAGAGGUACUUGGCCCUGGCCUCCCGCUGUCAUGUCUCUUGUUGAAAAGGAUACACACCAUACAUAGGGAGAACUGAGCUGCCUUCUCUCACAGAGGAUGACCUGAAAAGUGAGAUUAAUCUGCAUAUAUAAAUAAAAAAAAAGUUAAAACACUGAUACUGUGUUUAUGUACACUUCAACCACUAACAGAUUGUUUUCAUUGGUUUUUCCUGUCAGUAGUGGUUUACUGGCAUCAGACCUUUUAAAGCCAAACAGUAUAACAGGGGUUUGAUGCACAUUCAGUGAUUUCACUAUGAUACAUUAAUUUAUAUACAGUGAUAAAAGUGUUACUCGGCACUACAGUUGUAUAGACUACUGUCACGGAAUAAAAAAUGGAUGUGAGUUUUGUUUUUGUUUUUUGUUUUUUUUGUGCUAAGGCCUCUUAUAGUUCAUGUGAUUGAAGAUGUGCAUGAUAGAUGAAUGAUAACUGGUACUGCUGGUAAAACAUGAAAUACUCCCUGAAGUGUUUAAAAGUUGAGGGCUACGAAUCCCUCGUGAAAUAGUAACCUGUAUCUUGGCAGUAUUUUCCUUUGGAAACUCUUUUUUGCAUUUGAUUUUAAGUUGGUGCAAAACAUGUUUUAUUUAUGGUGUUAUUUAAUUUUGCAUUUCAUUUUUCUUUCGUUUGAUCUUUUUCUUUUUUUGUCUAAUGUUUGAUGACAUGGUCAUAGCAUCAGCUAGGCUGCAAUAAGUGUUCAGUGACUUUGCAACUUGGCCCUGCAAGAUGUGUGUGAGGAUUCGUGAAUAUGAUAAGUAUGAAAGAAAA